CCGAAUGUGAUUUCCCGCAAGCGACCCUCUACCGUUGAUCUCCGCCUAAAUACUGCGCAACAUCCCUCAGUUCCAAGCUGCCAUGACCGCUCCAUUCAUUUUGAUGAACGUGUUCUCGAGAAUCUGCUCAUCGCUGAGGAGAAUCUCAAGUCCAAUCAUCUCUACUUCACAGCGGUUCAAGAACACAUCGAACCAAUUCAUCGUGAACAAGCAGUGGAGUGGAUAUAUGAUGUGGCAAAGGAAGAGAAGUGUGAUGCGGACGUAUUUCCGUUGGCGGUGUCGCUCAUUGAUCGUUUCCUCUCCUUGCAAAAUAUAUUCCGACAAGACAUUCAGGUCUUGGCUGGCGUAUGUUUAUUUAUUGCUAGCAAGGUUAAGGCACCGCAACCAAUGAAUGCGGCACGUGUAGCAUACUAUACAGCGGAUAGCGUGAAGGUUCAUGAUGUUCUGAGCUGGGAACUACUAGUUCUGGCCCAUCUGAACUGGGAGAUUACUUCACCCACCGGGUUCGACUUCUUCGACCACCUAUCAGCUCGACUUCCUUCGCUGCAAACCUUACGACCAGCAUUUACCUCGAUUUUGCACAGGAUUCAGCGUUGUAGAUUACCCUUAGAGAAAAAAGGCGCGCUUCUUCACAAAAUUUGCAACAUGUCGCGCUCUCAUACUUCCCGCCUACCAUUUCGAUUCCGCUUAAUCUGUAAAUUGUUGCCGCGGUGUUCUUUACCGUGAAC